AUGGAAUAUGAAGGUGAAAUUUUUCAUUUAACUGAAUACCAAAUAAAAAAAAGCAUUAAAGCUUUCAAUUACUUAGAUAAAAAAAAAAAAGGGCUACUAAAAUUUGAUUUAUUAGGGAAUCUAUUACGAUGUUGUGGCUAUAAUGUGUCAUUAAAAGAAAUUGAAAAGAUAAAAGAAAAAAUAAUAGAAAUGAAAAUUAUAGAAAAAAAGAAAGAACAAAAAUCUAAUGAAGAAGUAGAAAAAAGAGAAAAAGAUAUAAUAAUAUAUAAUGAAAAUGACGAAUUAAGCAAUAAUAAUCAGUUUAGUCAAAAUGAUAUAACAAAUGAUGAUAACAACAAUAUAUCACAGUUACUUAGUAAUUUAAAGAAUUAUGAUAAUUUUAUAGAAAUAGAAAAGAAAAAGGAAGAAAUUAAAAAAGAAGAAGAAAAAAAUAAAAAUUUAUUUAGUUUAAAGGAAUACUUCAGAAUUAUUCAAAUACCAAAUAUAACUAAUGAAAUAAAACCACCAAAUAUUUUAGAUGCUUUUGAAAUUUUUGACGAACAAGGAAAUGGAAAAAUAUCAAUAAAAAAAUUGAGAUUCAUCCUACAAUACUUAGGUGAACCAUUUAGCAAUUCAGAAUUUGAUGAGUUUUUUGAAUGGAUUAAAACAUUAGACAAAGUAUAUAAAAAUGACUAUAUAAUAUAUGAAGAUUUACUAAAUGAAUUAAUAAAUAAGGAUUCAAAUAUAUAA